AUGACACCCGAAGAGUUUAAUCGUGGAAUCUUUCUCCUAACCGAAAGAGGGCCUUCAAUUUUUCCUCAAGAAUCUGUUUCUGAUUUCCAAAACCUAGCACAAAUCUUUAAAGAUAAAAGUAUACAACCUACUGUAGAAAGUGUCUACUGGCUUGUUACCAAAUCCAAGGUUAAAAGUCUUGGUGACUUUGAUGAUUCUAUUAUUACCCGCUAUGGUGAACUUUUGUGGUUCACAGUUCCUGACAAGGAACAAGAUAAAGUCAAAGAACAAUACCAAAAUAUUACAGAUGAAGUUAUUACGAUAUUGGCAUCAUGUUCAUCAGUGCCUACAACGCCUACGCUAACCCUUCAACUAACUUCAACUGACCAAUCGGUUGAAGACAUAUUUAAUGAAGGGACUAGUUAUUUUUCUCAAACAAGUCAUAAUGAGCAAGGUUUAGAUUCUAACAACGUGUUAGAAGGAAUUACACCUUCAAUUUAA